GCACGUCAAUCAAACAGCCAUGAUCGUCAAGAUGAUGCAUCGCUCAAAUAGAAAAAGAGCGAAUUGGAUCUGCUUGAAUUCUGUGGGGUUUUAUCGCGCCGCCAACCUUUCCCAACUCCUAUUUUUUUCGUAAAGUGGUAGGUGACAAGAGACGAACGUGUCAACGCUCCUCACUGCGUGCUUUGUUAGCGCCUAACGGGAGGAUGUUUCGAGUUAGACGCUAACACGGCUGUGUUUGUCGCCGUUCAAACAAGAUAAACGGGUGUUCCCUCAAGCGACUGUUUGGGUUUUGUUUUUGUUUUUGUUUUUGCCGAAGAGGACAAUCAAUGUGAUUUCCAGCCAGCGAGCUCGGUCGGCGUAUUUAGCGAAUAACCAAAGCAUCCAAAAAUGAUGUCAGGAAAGCAUUUCAAGGCGCACGAAGUGAGCUGCUGCAUUAAGUAUUUCAUUUUCGGAUUCAACAUCAUAUUCUGGUUCCUUGGAAUAGCGUUCCUUGGCAUCGGAUUGUGGGCAUGGAGCGAGAAGGGUGUUCUAUCCAACAUUUCAUCUAUCACAGACCUGGGGGGCUUCGAUCCAGUAUGGCUCUUCCUGGUGGUUGGUGGCGUGAUGUUCAUUCUGGGAUUCGCGGGUUGCAUUGGAGCACUGCGAGAAAACUCAUUCCUGCUCAAAUUUUUCUCCGUGUUCCUGGGUAUCAUCUUCUUCCUGGAGCUGACAGCAGGAGUCCUGGCCUUCGUCUUCAAAGACUGGAUCAAGGACCAGCUAAACUUUUUUAUCAACAACAACAUUCGGGCCUAUAGGGAUGACAUUGAUCUGCAGAACCUAAUUGACUUCACCCAAGAAUAUUGGGAGUGUUGCGGUGCUUUUGGAGCUGACGACUGGAAUUUGAACAUCUACUUCAACUGCACCGAUUCUAACCCGAGUCGCGAGAAAUGUGGGGUGCCCUUUUCCUGCUGCACCAAAGAUCCAGCUGAGGAUGUCAUCAACACUCAGUGUGGUUACGACAUCCGAGCAAAAACUGACUCAGAACAGAGGACAUUCAUCUACAUUAAAGGGUGCGUCCCACAAUUUGAGAAGUGGCUUCAAGACAACCUGACAGUGGUGGCAGGCAUAUUUAUUGGGAUUGCAUUAUUACAGAUUUUUGGCAUCUGUCUAGCACAGAAUCUGGUGAGCGACAUUGAAGCAGUAAGAGAAAGUUGUUUGUUCACCUAAGGCUGGCAUAUAAUCUCCAGAGGCAAGAAGGAUGUACCAGGACUCUUCAGACUGGACACAAGCAAUGAAUGGAGACACUUUAAUCACCUUUGAUGUCCAAAAUGAAGAGACUCAUUUCUGUGUAAAUAGUACAUGUAGAGUCAAUUUGUGGACCUAUUUUUGAAUGACGCACAAGCUCUAAAAUGUAUUGUGAGUACAUUGCGUCAAGCAGUUUAAUGCAGCGGCGUCCAUUAUGUUGUUGAAGUAGCUUUGAAACAACACUGUUCUGUGAGGGAAGCAAGAAACGAGGCUGCCACGUUGCACUCUCACAAAUAACACUUUAUAUUGAGAGUGGACACAACUUUUCAGUUGUGCAGUUUUGAAUGCUCCUUCUACAAAGUUAAGUUUAUUCUGAGCAAGCACCGCAUGCCUUUUCGCUACUGGUGGGACAUUGGCUCGCCUAUCUGUAGUACAUUUAAGUAUUAGAAAUAUUUGUAAAAUUUGUGGCUAGUUCAUGGUGCGUUUGGCUGGUUAGCACUUUGUUAAAUGAUGAAUGGGAAUUCUAAGUUGCGAAGAAUUAACUUGAGGUGUAUUUAUGGCAUACCCUUAUCAGACUGUGACAUUCUGUGCCUCAAGUAAUGGAGAAGAAGCAUGAAAAUUUGUCAUCAUCAAAAGUAAAUUGUAAGCACUUUAAUCCUCAUGGAGGAAUAAUGACGCUUUUUGGGCCUGAUGAGCUACUGUUUUGAGUCAUUUGAGUUCAGCUUGGGGACCACUAGAGGGGGCACUUUAUUCAACAGCAGUAAACUGGUGCUCUAUUUUCGACCUAUGACACAUAACACAAAACUACUUUCUUCGCCAUUGCCAUUUAUUUAUUUUUGUUUGUUUGUGAUUCAAUGUGUCUAAGUGAUAAAAAAAAAUAUUCAUUGGUUUUACUGUUUUAGCUGUAAGUUUUCACAGGAAAUUGGGAUAUUUUUAAAGCCUGUGAUGUAUAACGCAUAUUUGCACUUCAGAAAAUAAUUUAGUUUACACACGAAUAGCAUUUAAAAGUAAGAGAGACACGCACCAUCACCAGCAUUAUUUAAAUACUGCAGGAAGAUUUCUAGGAUUUUGCAGCCACAUUCUCUUUUGUGUGUGUGUUUUUUUUUAAUCACCAAAAACUUAAAAUGAUUGUUAAUGUUGAUUGAUCACAUUCUUUCUUACCACUCAGUGCCAAAUAUGUAAGUUCUACAUAUUCCUGGUUACGCCUGCUUCAGUUAAAAUAUUGUUUCCUAAAUUUAGUUUUGUCCUCUUUGUUGUAAAUUACUGUAUUCUUUCAAGUUGUAAAUAUAUCUGAAUAAAUGUGCGUCUUUGUAUAAA